UAUGAUUUAUGAAGAGUUUGCAGGCUGCUGCGGUUCGUCUGAUAGACGAUUCGUCCGGGAAACCCGUCCCGGGUGGAGUUUCUAAACUGAAAUGAGGUAGUAAAAAAAAAAAGACAUUCACAAGAGAAAGAGCGGGAAAGGUUUCUUCUUCGUCACUUCGUUUUCCUCCGUUUUAAUUUGAUUUCACUUCCCCUCGGACCCGGCAUUAUGAGCUACUCAACGGUCGAUUUCAUGGAGGUACGAAGGCUCGUCUUGCAGCACGAGACCGACCCUGGCCUGCAACCGAGGCUCGAAGACUCUACUCUCUUUCGAGCUUCCAAUGAGAUACAUCGGAUUAAGGCCAUCAUUUGUAACUUGCGCGAGCGUGCCAAAGAAAUCAAUAAAAGAUUGGUGUUAAUUCCUCAGGUGGAAGAAAUCCAACUGCAACCAUUUGAAGAGGAAGGAUCCAUUUGGUUCGAUGAGUCUAUUUUCUCAGAAGUACUUUGUAUGGUCCCAAUAGCUGUUGCUCGCUGUCCUGAUCUUUUAUAUCCAGAAAUUUUAGUGCUUGCUGUGAUUACCACAAAAAAUGCUGGAUCCCUUUUAAGAGCAUGUUUAAUGUGCAUUCCAUUGUUGAGGAAACAAUGCAUAGAGCUUCUUGCAGAUUUUAUAUGCAAAUAUAAACAGAUAAGUCAUAUCAGAAAGUCUGAUCAGAAGCCACUUGAUUCACUUCUUUUCUACUGUCUUCAGCAGUCCUACAAUGUUAUAGAUUGCUUGUCCAAAUCAGAGUCCCAGUUUGCUUUUCUUCUACGACAAGCUCUCCUUCAGAGAUGUAUAUGUGCAAGUGUGAUCAUUCAAAUCACUGUUGAUGUCCUAAAAGAUGGAGUUGAUUUCUUCACAAGGGUUCUGUUCUGUGAUGAGGAGAUACGCCAUUGGAUGGUAUCAUGUAUAAAAUCUAUAAAAAGAACAACAGAGAUAGGGUUUUCAUCUCUCGAGGUUCUGAAGCAGCGAAUGUUGACAGAACGGUUAACAUCUGUUCACUGGGAUGAUGAACUACAACUUAAGGAAGAGACUGUGCUACAGCUGUUUAAAGCUAUACAGGCAGGUGCUGAAGCUGCAUUUCAUGAUGACAGAUGGAAUUAUAAGUUGUAUUGCCACCUGAAACUAUACUGCGUCCUUGUACAUUUAUGUGCUCUGCAGCCAUGUUAUGAGGAGGUUAUAUUUUGGCUUCGUGCUCUUACUUGUCCUGUUGAUUCCUCUGGAAGUAAUGACAAGGGUCAAUACGGUAACAAUCUUAUGUAUAAACGGAGAUUUGAUCUGGGAAUUGCCUUUCUUUUUCUUGUUCCUGGAUUCCAUGCUGGUCCAUUGACAGAAAAUCUGUUUCGUGAUUGUGUCCAUUUUUUUCUUGGAUCUGCUAUAUCUAAUCUGGUGUCUCAUGAACAAAGAUCAGUAAUUGCUGUAUGGCUUGUUGUUCAACUCCUAUUGCAGUGCUAUGAUCAAGUUUGCAAGUAUUGCAGCAAAGCCAUUGGGAUGAAUAUAAGAAUUGCCAGUAUGUGUUGGGAAGAUAUUUGUUGUGUUGCCAAUGAGACUGGAAUAAUAUCAGAUGCCAAAAGUGUAAUUGAAGCUGCAAGUUCUCUCCAACCCACUGGUCCUAUCUGUAGUAGGAGCGAUCAGUUGGAGCUUGAAUGCUUAUUUCAACUUCUCAAAUCAGGUCACUUUAUUCGCUUCAGGGUUGACAUAACUGAAUCCAUUAUGCAAUGCAUUCUUUUCUCUGUGGAGCCUAUUCAUCCAAUGUUAGUAGAAGUGAUAGAGAUUUUUGCUGAAGCUUCUUGUACUUCAGCCUCUGUAAAUUCAUCAGAUACAUAUAAGAUGAAACCUCUCCCUUGUAACUUCGUGGCCGCUGCUAUCAAGCCAUUUUCUUCAUGUUCCAUGCUUUUUGAUCCAACACUUAUGGAGAUCACAGUAGGAUAUUCUUGUGAAUCAACUGGUGGAAGAAAUUAUUUCUCAGAUUUUGUCAGAACUAAAUCAGCUGCCCCUUCUAUAUUGGCUUCUUUUUAUGUACUUUGUAGGGGGCAUUUUCUCCAGAGCCAAGGGCACUUCCUGGGAGAUUCUUGGUACAAUCUAAACAAUAGAAGUGAUGAGGAGAUCUCAUGGUUGAGGCUUCUGAGAUUUUUACCUGUAGACAAAUUACUUGCAUAUAUGGAAUCUCACUCUCAUUCUUGUGAGCAUAUAUAUCCUCGGUGGGUUGGUCUUGCAAUAUCCAUCUUUCCAGAACGUUUCCGUGUUGCUCAUAUGGCUCAAAUAUUGGAAGCGCCAGAAGGAGAUCUUCUUUGUAAACAGGAGUUUUAUCAGUUAGAAGGAAAAACACAUGUGCAUGACAAUAUUCUUUCCCAAGUUUUUCAGAAUGGGGAAAAUAACUGCAAGGUUAGUUCUUUUGAUGAGAAUUCCUCAAUUAGGUUUGCACGGGAGAUCUUCAGGAAUUCUUUUGCAGAUCCUGUUCCCACUAUUAAACUUCUCAAGGCAAUUCGCAUGGGCAAUUUCUCUGGCGAAAAAAAACUUGAGUUGCAUGUAGCAGUUGUGGAAUGCAUGGUUCCGUUGCUUCUAGAAAAGUUUUGUUCAGACUUGCUCUAUGAGGCCUUUUGUGAUUGGUGGUAUAGUCUGGACCAAGUUAAUAUUGAACACCUUAUACCAUUUUUCUGUCGCCAUAUAACAGUUUCAGCCAUGAACAUUGAUGAAGGAAGCUUGACACAAAUACAGAGUAUUGGAACUACUAGUGCUGAUGAGUUAUUAUCAGCAUCAAAUUUAUAUCAUCAGCUCAUUGAACAACCUCUGUCUAUACUUGCAUGUAGAACAGAAAUAUAUCACACUCCUCUUUUAUCAAUCCUUUUAGAUAUUCUGAUGCAACUUUUAGUUAGAAACAGAAGGAUGUGCCUUAUUGCUUCAAUGAGUGAUGGAGAAAGGAAGAAACAAGAAACCUUGAGAGCCCUUGAUACUCGAGAUAGUGCAAUCUGUCAGGUAUUACUUGAGAAUUGGUCAAAGAUGUCUUCUCUCGAUAUCACUACAGUUUCGGUACUUAAGACAGGGUCACUUAUCUGUGGGUUCAUUUCGUCAUUGUUUUAUUCAAGUCCUUUCAUUUUCCGGGUUGUCCAUUUCCAGGGGUAUGAGAUGAAGUUGAUACCUUCUGUGGUUAAAGGUGUUAACUUGAUUAUUCACUUUCUUGAAUUCUUUGAAGAUUCUCCCAAAUUUUUUGAGUUGUCAGUGCUUCCUUUCACAGUCAUCCUUCUCUCAAAUAUAAUCAGAAAGUAUCCUAAUCAUUCUCGAAGUUUAUCUGCUGCUCGAAAGGCUGUAAUGCACAUCAGAUGCAUCAAUUUGGAGGUGGCUAUCAGCUUCUUGGAAGGGAUCUUAGAGCCUCUGGCAUGGUUUGCCAUUACAUUCCCAUCAUUAGAGCAGGAAGUAAGAGAAGUCCUAGAAGGCUAUUUGAUCACGAUGGGUUCAGGUAAAAUCUCUCCUGGAGUUAAUUUUGAAGGAUUCCAUUCUUCUGUGGUCUCAGCUCUUGAUCUACUUCCAAAAGGUGGUUGACAUAGCAUAAGGUUUUCACAGUUAUGCCCUAAUCACACUUGGCUAUGAGCUAAUGCUUUUCCAUCAUAUUUUCAUAUUUUUUGCAUUCAAAAUGGUUCUCGGAAUUACCUAUGUUCCGAAGUCCCAAGGUAUGGAUAGGACUCAGUUAAAAACUUUCUCAAAUUUUUCUGAGAAAAUAUUGUAAAUAUAUAGUUUCAUGCACCAAUACGGACCCUCCAAAGGAAAUCCAAAUGUGCAUUCCAUCCCCAUGAGAAAGCAAUACUAUGUUCGGCAAAGGAA